CUCAGCUGGGAAGUGACCUGAGCCAGCAUUGAGCAGUGACCUCCUCUACCUUCUUGUUAGGCACCACCCAUGCCACAGUUCCACCAUGCAGUACGGCCAGAUCCUUCACAGGCGCGGCCCGGACGAUAGCUUCCUCAACUUGAACGUGGGCGGCUUUAAGCAGCGCGUGGAGCGCAGCAUCCUGCAGCGCUUCCCCAGGACUCGCCUGGGACGCCUGCUGUGCUGCGUCUCUGAGGAGGCCAUCCUGGAGCUCUGCGACGACUUCAGCCCCACCGACAGGGAAUACUACUUUGACCGCAACCCGUGCUUCUUCCGCAAUGUCCUGAACUUCUACCACACGGGCAAGAUCCACCUGAUGGAGGAGCUGUGCGUCUUCUCCUUCAGCCAGGAGAUUGAGUACUGGGGCAUCAAGGCGCUCCACCUGGACUCCUGCUGCAGCAACAAGUUUCAGGAGCAGAGACAGUUUGCAGAGGACAAGGACUGGGACCGGAGGAGUGGUGAGCAGCAGCAGCAGUUUGGGAGCAUUGACUCGUCCAUGGAGGAGCUCUCAACUAUGGACAAGGACCUGGAGAAGUUCGAGGGUACCUGGUGCUCGGAGGUCCGCAAGAACAUCUGGCUGCACCUGGAGAACCCGGGCUACUCGUGUUUGGCCAAGGGGAUCGCCGUGGCCUCGCUGGCUGUGGUGCUGACCUCCAUCGUGGCCAUGUGCGUCCACAGCAUGCCCGAGUUCCACCAGGUGGACCUCAACGACAAGGAGAUUGAAGACCCGGUGCUGGCCAUCUUCGAGGCUGUGUGCGUCAUCUGCUUCUCUGUGGAGUUCCUGGUGCGGCUGGCAGUGGCGCCGUGCGCCCGUAAAUUCAUGAGCAACCCUCUCAACAUCAUCGACUUUGUUUCCAUCGUUCCCUUCUACGCCACACUGGCCUUUGAGACAGUGGACGAGGAGAACGAGGAACUGGAGAACGUGGGCAAGGUGGUUCAGAUCCUGCGACUGAUGCGAAUCUUCCGCAUCCUCAAGCUGGCGCGUCACUCAGUGGGGCUGCGCUCACUGGGUGCCACGCUAAGGCACAGCUACCACGAGGUGGGCCUCCUGAUUCUCUUUCUCUCUGUGGGUAUAUCCAUUUUCUCUGCGCUUAUCUACUUUGUGGAGAAGGAGUCAGAAGAGUCGGACAUAACGACCAUCCCCGUAGGCUGGUGGUGGGCCACUAUUAGCAUGACAACAGUGGGCUACGGCGACACCUGCCCGGUGACGGUUGUAGGGAAGCUGGUGGCCACCAUAUGCAUCGUCUGUGGGAUACUAGUGGUGGCUCUGCCCAUCACCAUUAUCUUCAACAAGUUCUCCAUGUACUACCAGAGGCAAAAGGCCAUGGAUGCCAAUCAGAGCAAUACUGAGACCGACCAAUGCAAUAAUAAUAACGACAUUAAGAUCCCCGACCCCAGUCUAACAUACUUUAAUGUCGGCGACCAGUACACCUUAAAGAUGAACUCAUUCAUCACCAAUAUCUCUGUCAGGAGCAGCGUCAGCAGUGAGGAAGAUACGGACGCAUCGAGCAUCCAGGGUGGAGAGACGACUUGUAUCCUGAGGGACACUUGAGAACUUAACUUACUCGACUUAAACCUUUUUUACUCAUUGAGGAGCAUACUGUAGGUCAUCCACAAAUGAUCUUAUUAUUUUUUUGUUCCUUCCAUGAGUAGUUCCAUCUCUGCAGAUCUUCUCCGGGUGUUCCUUAGUCUCCCACGGUUUCCUUUGCCUUGUGGGUUCCGUGUCGGUGACUGGAACAGUGGAUGCUGUCUUUCUGACAGUGUGGCCAUAGUUGAGAGCAGGGAGGUGAAAUAGGGCCACCCUGUUUUCACCUGAGGCUUCUUAAAAUAAGCUGGACAUGGCAAUAAGCACUUUAUGGUUCUCAGGGUGAAAGUGAGCUGUAUCUCUUCACGCUCUCCUCCUUAGACACUAUGAUCUCUCUACACUCUCCUCCUUAGAGACUAUGAUCCAUUAGGCCUAAAAAUUGGCCUGUUUUUCAUCCAUGACUUGAGAACCUACUUUGAAGUUGAGCAGUUUCUGUUAACAUUUCUUUUGAAUCAAUAUUUUUUUUUUGUCCAAUCAUACGGAACGAAACAGCCAUUGUUUGAAACAACCCACUGGGCACACCACGUCAUUUCAACAUGGAUAAUUAGGUCACUUUUUGGUUGAGACGUUGAUCAAUGAGAUUACAAACUAUAUUCACCCACUCAAAAAAGACAGACAAAAAUGUGUUGCAUUUCCAAUGUGUUAUCACUAUGCCUUGAACCAUCUAAAUUCACAACCAAAUUCCAAUGGAAAAACAAUGUAUGGUUUUUGGUUUAUUUGUCACCCAAAUGUUUAUCACUGCGCUUUCAACUAUUUAAAAGCCCAGCAAAGUUAAAAUGGGAAAACAAUGUCAGAUAUGUUGUUUAUUUAUACAACAGAUUCAUGUGUUGUCACUGUGCUUCAUCUAAUAGCAGAACCAAACAACCAGGACUGCAUGGUGAUCAAUGACGUUCGAGAUUCUGACAGAUUGUUACAGCAAUGUGGAGUUCUCCACUGACCUGUGGCGACCUUUGCAUGCUAUCUUGAACAUGCCGCUUUAUAUGAUUACAUAAGAAGACAUGUAUAGUUACAGUCACCUCUAAAUGUGGCCAUAGAUGUUUUACUCAUUUUAAGGUUGAAUGUUACAUUAGUUUGUAAAACAGCCUUAAUCAUUUUAGGCUAUUUACUGUCUUAGAAAAUAAAUAUUAAAUUGUGUUUGGUUGAGAACGCAACCAAAUAUCAACAUUUGGAGGAGAUUUAUCUCAAAUCAAAUCUUAUUUGUCACAUGCGCCAAAUACAACAGGUGUAGACCUUACAGUGAAAUGCUGAAUACAACAGGUGUAGGGAGACCUUACAGUGAAAUGCUGAAUACAACAGGUGUAGGGAGACCUUACAGUGAAAUGCUGAAUACAACAGGUGUAGGGAGACCUUACAGUGAAAUGCUGAAUACAACAGGUGUAGGGAGACCUUACAGUGAAAUGCUGAAUACAACAGGUGUAGUAGACCUUACAGUGAAAUGCUUACUUACAAGUCCUUAACCAACAAUGCCGUUUUAAGAAAAAUAAGUGUUAAGUAAAAGAUAAAAAUAAUCCACUGCUGAUGGUUCUGAGCUACUGGUUUAGUCUGGCUUUAAUUCCAGUUUGUCUACAAAUGAAUAAUGGAUAUGUUGGAUUCUUGUCUCCAUCUCAACCAACAAUCCAAGUUAAAGAAUAGGACUAAAUCAAAUCAAACUUUAAAUGUAACUUUGAUUUGAUUCAAUCCUAUUCUUUACCUUAGAUUUUUGGUUGAGAUGGUUGAAGUGAAAGCGACAUAUCAAUUAUUCAUUUGUAGAAAAACUAGAGUUAAAGCCAGACUAAGUCAGUGGUACAGAUGGAACCAUCCAAGCAGAAGAUAAAUAUCCUUGACAACCAAACACAAUCCAAUAUCACUAAAUAUCAUUACACUUGAAAUCACCCAGAGCUUGAAACCUUAAGCCUAUUGUGGGGCGGCAGGGUAGCAUAGUGGUUAGAGUGUUGGACUAGUAACCAAAAGGUUGCAAGGUCGAAUCCCCGAGCUGACAAAGUACAAAGCUGUCUUUCUGCCCCUGAACAAUUUCAGGGGCAGAAUGGCCAAGGAUGGCCUACAAACACUAGGCCAUCCUUGAAAAUAAGAAUUUGUUCUUAACUGACUUGCCUAAUGAAAAAAUAAAUGGUAUUGUCCAUUUUUUAGUUACAUUUUCUGUUGAAUUGAAACAAUUGCGGUUAAUGACUUUGCAAAUGCUAUACAGUAUAGACCUAAAUAGCAUAAUUUAUGAUAUGAGUAUGCUCAGAUUUAAUUAAACUUACCCACUGGGGAGCCAGGCCCAGCCAAUCAGAACGAGUUUUUCCCCCACAAAAAAGGGCUUUAUUACAGACAGAAAUACUCCUAAGCUUUUUGUGCGUAUGGAACAUUUCUGGGAUCUUUUAUUUCAACUCAUGAAACCAUGGGACCAACACAUUACAUGUUUAUAUUUUUGUUCAGUGUAUUUUCCACAUCACAAUACAUUGACAAAUGAUGUUGAAACAACGCUGAUUCAACCAGUGGGAAAGAAGAAAGUGACUGAAACAGAAGUACAUUUUGUAAUAUCUGGCUAAAUGUACUUCAUGGCAUGCUACUGCAUUUCUGUUCUAUGCUAAUAGUUGAAAGAGACGAUUGUAUGUGUGCUUUAAGGAUAAAGUCAGCAUAGGGGGAUUGCUGUAAUAAAGUAUGAGCUUUAAUAAAGUAAU